GCGACAAAAUCAAUACCAAAACAAAACAAAAAAUCCAUACAAAAAAACACGAAAUCACUACCAAUCCAUUAGACAACCACUAACAUCAAUACCAUUGCAGAAAUAAAUCUAUACCAUUACACGAAAACUACCAAUAUAAACAAUCUAUACCAUUACAUAUAUGAAGAGAAUUAUGAACAUUGAGGUUUGAACCAAUACCAUUAGACUUUGAAGAACUACCAGACUAGCAUUGUUAAUACUAAUACACGUGUAAUGAACCAAUACCAAUCUAAAAUGUCACUACCAAACGAAGAUGAAUGAAUAUCAUGUUGUUAUAUAACCAAUACCACUGCACAUCGAAUCAAUACCAUUGCAGGACUACCAUUACACAAAGGACAAACAAUACCAAAUAGUAGUGUACUACCAAAAGAAAAGGCGAUUUUCCUUAACGAAUGUCAUUACCAAUACCAUUGCUUAGUAAAGCAAUACCAUUAUGCAAAUAAAAAAAUUGCAGACAGUGGAGGAAUACGAUUACAAUUUAUAAACCAAUAACAAAUACUAAUUAAAAUUAUAAGAGCUAAUUAUAGUGCAACAAAAUGAUCGAAUGAUCACUCGUAUCAAAGCAAGCAAUAAUACAUGGAAAAUAUACCCAACCAAAAAUAGUUCCUCAAUAUCAAAAUUGAAAACGUAAAAAAAAAAAUCACAAGAACAAAUCAUUUAACGAAGAAUCAAGGAAGAUUAUUCCUAUUAGCAGCAACUUUACAAGAACACAUCAUUCCUCACUAGUCACUAACACAAACAAAAUCACAAAAAGAAAAGAAAAUAACCUGGUGUUGUUGGUAGAGACAUGUUCAAAUAAUUCCAGCUAAUAGAUAGAGAAUCGAUUUCUUUUUGUUAAGAGGGGAAAUUGAGAGUUACGGUUUCUUUGAGGACGGCGUGGGAGGGGUGGUGUGGGGACGGCGGGGGAGGGGAGAAGGCGGGAGGCUGGGGAGAAGAAGAGUUGUUGUCGGGUGGGAGGGGAGAAGAGGGAGGAGGCGGCUGCAAUUUCUUGUCCGGAGAAAGAAGGGUCGUCGGCAGGUAGAAGGGGAGGAGAAGGAGGAGGAGAUUGCAUUAGGGUUUGCGGUACAAUAUAUAAAAAUAAUUUUUUAAAGAAUAGUAAUCAGGUGUUGUAUUAUUUUCGUUUCCAAAAUUAUCCUUCAUAUAAUCUUCACCGUCAACUUAAAAAUAGGAUGAAAUAGAUAUAAUUAAGGGUGUAGAUGUUAGUAGCCACCGUGGUUACUCAACAUUUAAUAACCACCCUAACGCAUUCCCUCAACUUGCUCAUCAUUAUUGGAGAAUCUAUUUAAAGUUCUUAACUCCUUUUAACUGACAGGGAAACUGCCAAGAUGCAAAUUGGUGGUAGAAAAGGAAACUACCAACCAACCAACUCAUUCAGACCCAUCAGAUUGACUAUGGAGCCAAACCCACUCCAAUUUAAGUGCGACUCGAUUCGACUUGACUUGAUAUCUAAGUAAAGAAUAGAAGACGAAAAAUUCCCGAUUUUUCGAACCCAAACCAUAACAUCAAUUUAAUCGAUUGAUAAGAGCUAACAAUUGUCAAAAUAUACCGCAUCCAUCCACGCACGGCGGAAAUCGGCAAUACCAAAGUGUGUAUAAGCGAGCCAGGCCAAAUUUCUCUGUACAAAGCAAAUUACUUUAAUGGAUGAUCUCUUAGCACCCUCGAAGGGGUAAAAAUCCCAUCUCCAUCAAUCACUAUGCUCCUCAAAAAAUUGCACCAUUUGGAACCCUAAACAUUUCAUUUCCCAUCCUACAAAUAGCUUAUUAAUUUUAUAUCCAUGUGCAGAAAACCCUAAGGAUCCCUCCACCUCAUCAUGGCAGCCAGUCAGCAGCACAAUGACGACGACGACGGCGGCGGCGCCUCCUCCCUGCCGGCAAAGCUCCCGGAGCCGGAGUCCCCUCGUUUCGCCGUGCCGGUGGACUCAGAACACAAGUCGAAAACAUUCAACCCGCUCACCAUCUCCCACCCGCACAUGUCCACGUUCCACCUCGCCUGGCUCUCCUUCUUCACCACUUUCCUCUCCACCUUCGCCGCCGCGCCUCUGGUCCCCAUCAUCAGGGACAACCUCAACCUCACCAAGCCCGACAUCGGCGCCGCCUCCAUCGCCUCCGUCUCCGGCAGCAUCUUCUCCCGCCUCGUCAUGGGGGCGGCCUGCGACCUCCUCGGGCCCCGAUACGCCGCCGCGUUCCUCGUCAUGCUCACGGCCCCCGCCGUGUUCUGCAUGGCGCUGGUGGAGUCCCCGGCAGGGUACGUGGCGGUGAGGUUCGUGAUCGGGUUCUCGCUGGCGACGUUCGUGUCGUGCCAGUACUGGAUGAGCACGAUGUUCAGCGGUAGGAUCGUCGGGGUCGUGAACGGGACGGCGGCAGGGUGGGGGAAUAUGGGCGGCGGGGUGACGCAGCUGGUGAUGCCGCUGGUUUACGACGUGAUUCGGAGGUGCGGUGCGACGCCGUUUACUGCUUGGAGGAUUGCGUUUUUUGUCCCCGGGGUUUUGCAUGUGGUGAUGGGGAUUCUGGUUCUGAGCUUGGGGCAGGAUUUGCCCGACGGGAACCUUGGCGCCUUGCAGAAGAAAGGCGACGUGGCUAAGGAUAAACUGCCCAAGGUGUUGUGGUGUGCAAUCACAAAUUACAGAACGUGGAUCUUCUUCGUUCUUUAUGGAAUGUCCCUCGGCGUCGAAUUGACUACGGAUAACGUCAUCGCUGAAUAUUUCUUCGACAGAUUCAACCUGAAGCUUCGAACGGCGGGGACAAUAGCAGCGACGUUCGGCAUGGCCAACGUCUUCGCCCGCCCGCUGGGCGGCCUCCUGUCCGACGUGGCGGCCCAGCACGUGGGGAUGCGGGGCCGUCUCUGGACCCUCUACAUCCUCCAAACCCUGGGCGGGCUUUUCUGCAUCUGUUUGGGCCGGGCCCAAACCUUAUUAUCAUCCGUGGUCUUCAUGAUCCUGUUCUCCAUCGGGGCCCAGGCCGCCUGCGGGGCCACGUUCGGCAUCAUCCCGUUCGUCUCCCGGCGCUCCCUCGGCGUCAUCUCGGGGCUCACCGGCGCCGGCGGUAACUUCGGGUCCGGGCUGACACAGUACCUGUUCUUCACGAGGUCCGAGUACUCCUCGGCGGCGGGGCUGUCGCUGAUGGGGGCGAUGAUCGUGGCGUGCACGCUGCCGGUGGCGGCGGUGCAUUUCCCGCAGUGGGGGAGCAUGUUUUUCCCGGCGGCGAGUGAGGGCUCGGAGAAGGGGAGCGAGGAGUGGUAUUAUGGAGCGGAGUGGAGCGAGGAGGAGAAGGAGAGAGGGAUGCAUGAGGGGAGCCUCAAGUUUGCGGAGAAUAGUAAGUCGGAGAGGGGACGGCGUGUGUUUUCGCCGGUGGAUCCUCCGACGGCAUAAGGCUAAGCGGGCCAGGCCCAUUGUAUACCACCUAUUGGGCUCGUAAAGGGUUGUCCAAUCUUGAUGCAGAAAAAUAUCACAUCCUGAAAAUAAAAUAAAAACGUGCAACACUUUAUGUGCAUAAAUGGGAAUGCAAGGAUUGCGAAAAUUGUAAUGGAGGUCGGAAAAUUUAGCGGUAAAAUAUUUUAUGUUGAUAAUAUGGUUUGAUAAGGGUUUUGUUGUUUUUUUAUCGCUAAAACCGCUUACCGAUUUAGGUUUUGAUAACAGAUUUUUCUAAUCGAACCGUCAAUAUGAUACGGUUCAAAAAUGUUUUAACCAUUCUCUUACUAAUCUACGAUCAUAAAACUUACAUGCGUGU